AUGGCUGCAAACCCUAGGGUCUUCUUCGACCUCACCAUCGGUGGAGCCCCGGCGGGGCGGGUCGUGAUGGAGCUCUUUGCGGACGUGACGCCGAAGACAGCGGAGAACUUCCGGGCGCUCUGCACCGGGGAGAAGGGGCGGGGGCGCUCCGGCAAGCCCCUCCACUACAAGGGAUCGACCUUCCACAGGGUGAUCCCUCAGUUCAUGUGCCAGGGUGGCGACUUCACCGCCGGGAACGGCACCGGCGGCGAGUCGAUCUACGGCUCCAAGUUCGAGGACGAGAACUUCGUGAAGAUGCACGAAGGCCCCGGCAUUCUGUCCAUGGCCAACGCCGGUCCCGGGACGAACGGAUCGCAGUUCUUCAUCUGCACGGCCAAGACGUCUUGGCUGGAUGGCAAGCACGUCGUCUUCGGGCGGGUCGUCGAGGGAUUGGACGUCAUCCGUGCCGUGGAGAAGGUGGGGUCCUCCAGCGGUAGGACCUCCAAGCCCGUCGUCGUAGCCGACUGUGGCCAGCUCUCCUAG